CAGCAAACAAAACAGAUGAAAACACAAAACAGCCAUUUAUAUAUUUUCUUUUUCUCUAUGAAAAUAGCACUGAAAACGGAAAAAGUGGUGUUUCUGAUUUGUUUUGAAAGUUCUGUUGUGAGAAAUCGAUUGAAAUUAUUUUAUCAUCCCCCGGUAGGCUCAAAAUCCUUGAGUUAAGUCCUACCAUAUUUAUUUGCUGGAAGAUUACAACCACAUUGAUUCCGAUACGGUCAGUAGACCCAACCAACUUACAAUCGUGUAUUCCUUACUUCCUGAAAAAAGGAUAUUUUGUAAUUUUAUUUAUUUCGAUAUGGAUUUCAAAAUGCAUGAGUAUACUCAUGCGAUUGUUGGGACGUUCAUGCCGGUGUUGCGAGUUGGGGAGGGCCCCGACUACAGUGACGCCAGGAGGCAACACGACUGUUAUUUGAGGCUCCUUCGGGAGCUGAACCUCGAUGUAGUUGAGUUGGAUCUGGGAGGAACAUUCCCCUCAAAUGUGGUCUUAGAAGACUUAGCAAUUGUCUGUCACGGCAUUGCUUUACUGACAAAACCGGCUUCAAAAGCUGAUGAGCAAAAAUCAAGAGUUAUUAAAGGAGCAUUACGGAAGCUAGGACAAACUAUCGUGGAAGUGACGGAUCCCGAGGCAAAAUUAAUUGGUUCAGACGUACUUUUUACAGGUAGCGAGUUUUUUGUCGGUAUCUGCGAGACCAGUAAUGAAGCUGGUGCUAGUGCUGUCGCCGAGGCGUUCCCGGAGUUCCCUUGCACACCUAUUAAGUUACCUAAAGAUGCACAACAUAUAAAAAAAUACAUUAGUAUUGCUGGUUCUAAUGACGUUGAGACAAUCCUCUGCAUUGGCGAAAGCAAAGAGGCGAAAGAACUGCUUAAGAAAAUGGAGAGGGAGGCAUCAUUCCCGUACAAGACCCUUACAGUACCCGAGGAUGAGGCAGCCAACUGCCUCUACUUGAACGGUACACUUGUACACCGCGCCAUUGAAGAAAUUCCAGACUCCUUCAAGGUCUUCUGUGAAAAAAUCGAUUACGCCAGACGCUCCAUUUGCUUCUCAGAGCUGGCCAAGGUUUCCAAUGGACUUACCUCCUGCUGCCUGCUACUUCGAAAAACUUAAAGAAUCUGGAAUUAUAGUAAAUCGAUUUGCAUCCCGUCGUUUGUAUGUAGGUCCUAAUAUUACGUUGAUAAAUCAUUAAUAAAGAAACGGGUACCUUCUUCGUCUGCAUAGAAUGUGACCUGCUACCGCACUACCACCGACACAUUAGUGAUCCUUGAUUCCUUAAGCAGCAUCGCUUA